AUGUUAGAAGAAAAUAUUCUGGCAGAAUAUUUGGUACCGGGAACAAUGGCUUGUAUAAUGUCGGACAAUAAUGCUUCUGCCGAAGACACUACCAUCGAACAACUUCCGGUACAGCCAACAAAUUCAAAAACGAAUAUUCAAACAUCGAAUGAUACUAAUAAUACUGUAGCUAUUGUACAGCAAGAAGGCAAUGCUGUGGUCACUCCCACUCCUCAACCAGCAGCCGCAGGAGCUCCUGUUCCAGCUGCUCCACGACGUCAAAGUGGUUGGGAAAUUAUCAAAACAGUUUUAUUUAGAAUGUUAAUGAUAUAUUUUGUCACAAGAUUUUUCCGUCGUACCCCACAAAAUCCUGUAACAAACUCAACAUUAACACCAUCAUUUGACGGGAGUGGUGCGUUUACACCAGGAAACAUCUUCCCAAAAGGAUCAAAACUAGAUAUGUAUAUAUACAUAACAGAAGAUCAAGUAUACAGUUUUAACCAAACAAAAGAACCAUUUUGGUUAUUAGAAAAUCUUGAAUAUGGGAAUUGGAAAGCUGGACCAAACAGAGAUGGAACAUUCACAAAAUAUGGACAAAUUCCCAUUAGCGAAACCGUUCAAAAUAAUGGUUCACUAUAUCUUCAUGUAUUUGUCACUGAACAUGGUUAUUCUCCAAACCCUGAGGAUGGUGAUUCCUAUUCGAAACGGUAUUCAUUCUCAAAAACAAAACGUUUGAACAAGUUCAAAAAGAAAGUGUAUAAAAAAACCAAAAACUUGUUAACUGGAAAUACAGAACACGAUGAAGAAUAUCAGAAAAAAGCUGAUGAUAAAAUUGUUGAACUUCUGUCUCAUUGGCACCCAAAUAUGACAAUAAAUCUUCUUGAUGAUCAUUCACCCUGGACAAAAGGAUCGAUUCCUCCACCGUUGGAUCAAUAUAUCGAAUUUGAUAUGUUAACUGGAAAAUAUUAUCCUGUUUUAUACUUGAACGAUUAUUGGAAUCUUCUAUCAGAUUAUUAUCCAAUUAAUAAUACCAUGGACACUUUAAACUUAACGUUGGUCUACUCUCCUUUACAACUUUGGAAAUGGCAAAUGUACAUCUCUCAAAGUUUAAGACAAUCAUGGUAUGGUAAUUUGCUGGGAGAUGAUGAAUCAGAUGAAGAUCAAGAUGCCAUGAAGCGUGCAUUGAUCGAAACAAAUCCUUAUUUAUUGAUUAUUACAAUUUGUGUCUCCAUUGUGCAUACAGUAUUUGAAAUAUUAGCAUUUAAAAAUGAUAUUCAAUUUUGGCGAACUCGAAAAUCAUUAGAAGGUUUAUCAGUUCGUAGUAUAUUUUUCAAUAUAUUUCAAAGUGCAAUAGUUUUGUUGUAUGUAUUUGAUAAUGACACAAAUACAAUGGUUCGAAUUAGUGUCUUUGUUGGUAUACUAAUUGAGCUUUGGAAAAUACCAAAAAUUCUUACAUUUGCUAAAGCGUUCCGUUAUUUAUCGUGGGCAUUAUUUCCGUUAGUAAUCGGUUAUGCUAUUUAUUCGUUAACAUAUCAUGAGCAUAAAAGUUGGUAUUCAUUUGUAUUAAGUACCAUUUAUGGAUUUUUACUCACAUUUGGUUUUAUAAUGAUGACACCCCAGUUGUUUAUUAAUUAUAAAUUAAAAUCUGUCGCACAUCUACCAUGGCGUAUGAUGACGUACAAGGCAUUAAAUACAUUUAUUGACGAUAUGUUUGCAUUUGUCAUCAAAAUGCCAACAAUGUAUCGAAUUGGAUGUUUUCGAGAUGAUAUUAUAUUUUUUAUCUAUUUAUAUCAACGUUACAUCUAUCCUGUUGAUCGCCGUCGAACAAAUGAAUUUGGUACAUCAGGUGAAAAUGAAACAGGUGCACCUAAUCUUCAGCAACUCGAACAGGGUCACUCUGAUUUACAACAACAACCGCCUUCCGAUUCGCCGUCCGAUGUUGACUCAGAAUACAUUAUUGUACCUUCACCAUCAUCGUCUCAAGAAGUGGAAACACUUCGUCAUCGAAAAGUAUCAAAGUCAGAUGAACAAACGACAAAUUCUGAUGAUGAACACCAGCAGACAACUGAUCUAAAUCAUACAACCGAUAACAAUAUUGUUGAAGAUCAACAUAGAAAGACAGACUAA